CCACUCGAGAACCCUAAUUCGCAUCUCUCUGAUUUCUGGGAUUGUGUUGCUGCUCGAAGACGGCGAGAACUUUCCACUAUUCCCAGACAGCAGAUCACAAUGUCUCUGGUCGCAAACGAGGACUUCCAGCACAUUCUGCGUGUGCUGAACACCAAUGUUGAUGGAAAGCAGAAGAUUAUGUUUGCCCUUACCUCUAUCAAGGGUAUUGGAAGACGGUUUGCUAACAUCGUCUGCAAGAAGGCCGAUGUUGACAUGAACAAGAGGGCUGGUGAGCUGUCUGCAGCAGAACUCGACAACCUAAUGACAAUAGUUGCAAACCCUCGUCAGUUCAAGAUUCCGGACUGGUUCUUGAACAGGCAAAAGGACUACAAAGACGGCAAGUACUCCCAAGUCGUUUCUAACGCUCUGGACAUGAAGCUGAGAGAUGAUCUUGAACGUCUCAAGAAGAUCAGGAACCACCGUGGUCUGAGACAUUACUGGGGACUCCGAGUGAGAGGGCAACACACCAAGACCACCGGUCGCAGAGGAAAGACUGUUGGUGUCUCCAAGAAGCGUUGAGUUAGAAUGUUUCUAGUUGCUUUUGUAUGGGAUGCUGCUUUAUAAAAGACCGACCGGUUCUAGUUUUGUUCUCCGCACAAUUUUUUUCGAACACUCUUUAUGCUGCUAUUAUUCAUAUGCUUUCCCUUGUUCCUUGUCUA